AAACAAGAGGAUCGUUUGAAAAAGACGAUGGGCGUGAAGGAAGGAACGACGAGAAGGAUCGCUGGUGACGGUUUAUCGGUCGAUCUCCAAUCGAACGAGCAGAUCCUCGAGAUCAAGGGUGACGGAUGCGACAUCACGAUGUCGAAGAAUCGUGGCAGCGUGAAAGUUAUCGGGGAUGGUUGCCGGUUGAGGAUCGUUCAGAACAUGGGUGACGUGGAGUACACGGGAGACGGUGGCCAGGUCCUUUUGGGACCGAAAUCUAGCAGGGACAAGAAGGUGAAGUACGUCGGGGAUGGCGGUAGGAUAAGAUUCGACGUGGAGUUGACGAUGAGGAACCGGAAGUCUCGGAAGGAGGAGGGAGCCGGGAAGGAGACGGUGGACGAGGAAAAGAAGAAGAGUCGGGAAGAGACGGAAAACGAUUUGAAUGGGAGAAAAGAAACGAAACAAAGUGGCAAGGAGGAGAAGAAGAGGGAAAAAUUGGCCAGGAUCGUUACCACUUUCGAGUACGACGAGAAAAUUGUGAAGAAGUGGUUCGUGAAUCCUGGUAAGGUGACCAGGAAUUUGGGAGGUUCUUUCGUGAGAAUUGUGCCGAAAGAGAAAACGAAGAUUUAGGUAGGAGAUAAUAAAUAGAAAAUAGAGAUAGAAAAUAAUUAGAAAUUUAGACGAUAAGAAAAAUAGCGUAUAUGUAUAUAAUUAUAAUAUUAGUCUCGUUUGAAAUGGUGAAAUAUCGAUUUUAAGAUGGUUAGAAGAUGAUUGGAGAGAAUGAAAAAUUGAAAAAAAUGGAAGGAACACUCGUAACUUGAGUCUGGCUUAAAGUUCCUACCUAAUUAAAAACGAGGAAACAAUUUCUUAGAAUAAUUUAAUAGUGAAUAUUUGAGCAUUGUGAGUCUUCGUCGUCGAGGAAUAAUUUUUUCUUUGUAGAAGAAUCAUUCUAAUAAUCGAGGAUAAUAUCUGCUGUACAAUCGCGUGAUAAACAUUAUCGAUACAAUGAUUGAUAAAAUUGUAUUGUUUUUCGUUCUUGAGAAAUUUUUCUAGGAAGGCAAAGAUAUAUCUCUGAUGAUAAAUGAAAACGUAUACAUAUACUUUACAUACAUACAUACUUAAAUAAUUCUUCGAGUUCCUAAAUAUGAAUUUUGCUUGUUCAUACUGUAUUUAAAAAUCAUGUAAUUUAUUUAAUUGCGAAUAAUUUACAUUUAUUAAUCGCGAUAUUUUACUAUUUAUUUAUUUAUUUAUUAAAAACAUACGAAUAUCUAGCUAGAGAAUCCAUCGAUAUUCGUUACGAUAAACGAUGAUAAGCGUAUAUGAAAUAUUUGUAAAUGAUUAGUCAAUGCAAUUAUUCAUCAGUAUUUCUUCUCUAUUUAUUGUUAUCACUGUCAUAGAAUAAGUGCAUGAAUAUGUUCCUCGUGCUUGAUAAUGAAUGUUGCAAAAUAUAUUUAUGCAUUAUUUCAAAUAAAUUGCGUAAACUUCUUAAAAAACAAACAAAUAUCAAAAUGUUUAAUCUUUAUAAAUUUUCUCUAUUACCUUUGAAACUCUUCUUAAGUGCAAAUUUACCCGUAAAUUAUGUAUAUUUAUGCAAAUAUCCAAGUCGAAAGAAAUUUCUAUAUAUAUUCUUCAUCUUUUUAAUUGAAUAACGUUUAGAAAAAUGUUGAAAUUUGCAUUUUAAAUAUUUACGACUUGCACGUAGAUACUUAUUUGUCCCAAUAUCGAGAAAAAUAUUUUACGAUACUCUGAAUAUUUAUCUAGGGCAUAACGAUGAAAAUGUUCCUCGAGUCACUCAAGCAAACGAUAUUAAACAGAUAAGAACAACGCUUCUCACGCGAGGUUUAAUCGAUUUUUUUACCACGCUUCUAUUUCCAUAAAAUCAUUACUAAUUAAAAUCGUUCUAAAAUUUACUUUCUUUGUACUUUUAAUACUUUUCAAUUCAAUAUUUUUACUCUUAAAGAUGGAUAAUUUAAUUGUUAAUUUAUUAAUUGUUAAAUAAUAUUUAUAAAAAUAAAAAAAAAUAUCGAGAAGAGUUCGCAAUGCGGAGGAUCGCGUGAGAAUUUCGUGACUUUCACCGUUCGAUUUGCGCGCGAAAAUAAAAUUCGCGUGGGUGGGGAGAACGGAUGAUCGAUAGGCACCGCGUGUUUGCGGUAAAUCAUCGCAGAGCAUUCAAUAUCCGCGAGCUCAUGGAUUGGCACGGCUCGACCCGGUCAUGCAAUAACUGUCGAACAUCUGCCCGAGGUUUCUCCAUUCGAAAUGGGCUCGUUACAUUGUUGGCGAAAUUACGAUUUGCACGCGAAUAUUUUUCGCGAUCGAUUCUAGAAUAAAUUUGUAUACGAAUAUAUAUCGAUGAUUUAUUUUGGCUCGAUAAUGAGGUAUAAUAUAGGUGAUCGAUUUUCAAAGGUAGCAAUUCAUUUAUCGAAUCGAUAAAUUUUGUAAUUUUAACAACUGAUGAUUCACUGGCUUAAUACAUUAAUCGUUAUAUAGAUAUAGAUUUAGUGAUUCGAUAAUUCUUAACCUAACCUAACCUAACCUAAUUCGCUGAC